AUGGGUUGGAAAGACAUUGGGUCUUUACUCUCUUUGAAGAUGCUAGAUUCAAGACUGGAUCCAGGUUCAGACGCCAAACGGAUACAGAAAGCGAGUAUGGGGGCUACAAAGAGUCGGUGGAAUACGCUCGAGUUCAAGAUCUACUACACGGUGUUUGCCAUUGCAGUUCCUCUGAUGCUGAGAGCUGUGAUCUCCGCCACAAACGAGCAUAGUCCUAAUUUUCCAAGAUUCGAACCACUACUAAGCCAAGGGUGGAUUUGGGGUCGCAAAGUCGACAAUAGCGACUCGCAAUACAGAUUCUUUCGCAACAACUUACCACUACUAACGGGUCUCGUACUCUUGCACACGGGCUUAAAAAAGGUUGUUCUGCGGGUCUUGCAUUGUCAAAGAACGCAGUUCGACCUUGUAUUCGGAGUAUUUUUCCUGUUCGCAGCUCAUGGCGUAAAUGCUUUUCGAGUGACAGUACACUUGCUCAUAAACUACAUCAUUGCCAAAAGUUUCCGCAAGAAGCCUAGGCUCGCCAUCUUCUUGACCUGGGUCUAUGGGAUCGGUUCUUUAUUUAUUAAUAACAGCUAUCGCCAAUAUCCAUUUGGAAAUGUUGUUUCCGUGUUGGAGCCUUUGGACUCAUCCUUUAAAGGCCUUAUCGAGCGCUGGGAUGUUUUCUACAAUUUCACUUUGUUAAGAAUGCUGAGCUUUAAUAUGGAUUUCCUCGAGAAGUGGAGGGAAGUCACCACAGGUAAGAAAAGCAUGUCACCUACUCCCACACCACCAUCAAUGAAACCUGAGCUCAAGAGGUCCGCAUCAUCUGCCACCACUUUGGAAACCAUUUGCGAAAAUGGAACCAAAAAUGUGCUACAAGAGCGCGCCAGGUUGUAUGCUCCUCACCAUAUUCAAGACUAUUCUUUUUCCCACUACAUUGCAUACAUCACAUAUACGCCGUUGUUCAUUGCGGGCCCUAUCAUUACCUUUAAUGAUUAUUUAUACCAAUCGCAGCACACCUUGCCUUCUAUCAACCGGAAGGGAAUCAUGGGGUAUGCUUUGAGAUUCGCCAUAUGCGUUCUAACCAUGGAAGUUGUGUUGCAUUACAUUUAUGCAGUUGCGGUUUCCAAGACUAAAGCAUGGCAAGGCGAUACGCCUUUUCAAAUUUCCAUGAUUGGUUUGUUUAAUUUGAACAUUAUAUGGUUGAAGCUACUCAUCCCGUGGCGACUAUUUAGAUUGUGGGCUUUAAUGGAUGGAAUUGAUCCACCGGAAAAUAUGCUUCGGUGUGUGAAUAACAAUUACAGUACAUUAGGAUUCUGGAGGGCGUGGCACAGUUCUUACAACAAAUGGGUUGUGCGCUACAUUUACAUUCCCUUGGGCGGUUCAAAAAGUCGCAUUUUGACCUCCUUGGCGGUUUUUUCUUUCGUGGCUAUUUGGCACGACAUAGAAUUGAGACUCUUAUUAUGGGGGUGGCUCAUAGUGUUGGUCUUGCUACCAGAAGUCUUUGCUCAGAAAUUCUUUGCAGCAUACCAAAAGAGACCGUGGUUUAGAUUUUUGUGCUCAGUAGGUGCCGUCUUCAAUAUUUGGACGAUGAUGAUUGCGAAUUUAUUUGGCUUUUGUUUGGGUUACGAUGGUACUGUUUAUCUAGUGAAGGGGAUCUUCUUAACGUGGGCAGGUAUUAAGUUCCUAGUGUUUGCUAAUAUAGCUCUGUUUGUCGGCACUCAAGUCAUGUUCGAGCAAAGAGAGGGCGAAAAACGCAAAGGUAUAAACGUGAAAUGUUAG